GCCAAACAUCCUUUAAUCCGAUUCACCUUGAAGCGUGGACUAUGCAUCAAACGGAGCUUGAAGACAACGAACCCACAAUCGAAACCACCAAAACAAAAUCGACGCAAACUACACCCAUUUUCGGCACCGACGACAUCAUUAGACCUGUGAGUGGUUGUGCCAUAGCCAAUUCAAUUGAGUGAAGCAUUUCUUAGAAGCCAUGGAGGAAAAUGCACCACUUGUCGCUGAGCCUUCUGAAACUCCGAAGAAUCACACCAGAGAUUUGCAUAUUCUGAGCUGGGCGUUCUUGUUGAUCUUCUUGGCUUAUGGUGCUGCGCAGAACCUGGAGAGUACCAUCAAUACUGAGCAAGAUUUAGGGACGAUUUCGCUGGGGAUAUUAUAUUCAUCUUUUAUGGUUUUUUCUUUGUUUGCUUCAUUGGUUGUUCGGUUUUUGGGGUCAAAAAAUGCUCUUGUUCUUGGGACUACUGGGUAUUGGUUCUUCAUAGCAGCCAAUUUGAAACCAACGUGGUACACAAUGGUUCCAGCUGCGCUGUACGAGGGAUUUUCUGCUUCAAUAAUAUGGGUUGCAGAGGGGACAUAUCUUACUUCUGCUGCACGCAGUCAUGCACUGGACUCUGGAUUACAUGAAGGAACUGUGAUUGGUAACUUCAAUGGAGAAUUUUGGGCAAUGUUUGCAGGUCACCAGUUAUUUGGAAAUCUUCUCACACUUGCUCUAGUGAGGGAUGGAACGGAUGGAAGUACCAAUGGCACAACCUUACUUUUCAUUGUGUUCCUUUGUAGUAUGACCUUAGGUACCAUACUCAUGUGCCUCUUACGUAAGAGGGAUGCUAAAAGAGAGGAGGGUUUAGCAGAUUCUUCUGCCAGCUUCUGCUCUUCCAUGGUUUCUCUAUCAAAGUCUGUAAUCACUCCAUUGUUGGACCCAAAAAUGCUAUUACUCGCCCCCCUCAUUGCAUAUUCAGGGUUACAACAAGCUUUUGUAUGGGCUGAAUUCACCAAGUACAUUGUAAAACCCACACUUGGCGUGUCUGGCGUAGGUGGUGCUAUGGCAGUAUAUGGGGCUGUUGAUGCAGUUUUUUCGCUUGGUGCUGGUCGACUUACCUCUGGUCUCAAGUCAAUCACUCUACUAGCUUCCGCUGGCACUUUUGUUCAAUUUACUGUACUGCUAUGGCUUCUCAAGUAUAGUGCAAGUAGUGGAAUACUUGGGGUGGUAUACCCCCUUAUAAUUGCUGGUACAUGGGGCAUUGGGAAUGGAAUACUCAAUACGCAGCUUAAUGCUUUGAUUGGAAUGCUCUUUAAGCACGACACGAAACCCGCAUCAUUGCUUUCCACCAGUGCACUACACACGAUGGCAUCCGGAAGGAGCAUUCGCACUGCUCAAGGUUUGGCAGUGCGCUUCGAUCGCAGUGGUGUAUUUUAUCAGCCCGUACAUUUCGUUCCAAGCAAUGGUAGGGAUUAUGCUAGCUGGAAUCUGCACAGCGGUGGCCGGAUUUUUGUUUCUCACCCUAAAGGUGGAGAGAGCAUUCUCUGGUAGUGGUAGGUAACUGCCUGUGCCUGAUUGGACGACGCUAGCCACCAAGCAGAUGCAAUAUUGUGAUAACUUGCCUGUGAAACAAUUGUUGUUGCAUGCCUUGCGUCUCUUGCACAUGGACAUGGAUGCGGAUGCGGGUGCCUUCCUGUUGCACAUGGACAUGGAUGCGGAUGGAAUAAUAAAUAUGUUUUUUUUUUUUUUUUUAUAAAAUUAAAGAUAUAUUUACUAAAACUUGGGGUGGCUAUGGCUCUUGUUAACUCUCCUAUUUUUGCCCAUUUGAACAUUCAUGCACACGUGUUGUACAAAAAAAAAAGACAUUGUUUCUCUU